AUGGCGCAGAACAUGAGUGUCGACGACGCCGCGGGGGAGUCAGGCCUCACCCAGGCUACUGGCGCUCUGCAGCUGGCUGGAGCCCCCGCUCCACCAGCGGAGCUUCCAGCUGACCUCCUGCAAGAGUUGGUCGAGGAGUCCGUCAGCAAGUACAGCGAGCUCGUCAGCGCAGUGCGUGCCACCACGGCAGGGCCGAACCUGAUGAUCACCAGCAGCCGAAUCGCGCCAUGGACCUCGCUGCACGAGCUGCUGCUGCACUUGGCGUACCUGCCCGAGGCGGCAGCUGCGCUGCAGGCGCUCGCCGAUGGAGUGCGCCAGUGCACCGACCUCAUCCCCGAGAUCAUGAAGGUGCGCCGCUGGCAGCGCGCGCCCGACCUCCCUGUAUGGCGGGAGCUGGGCGCCUCUGCGUUGGGCCUCCUCUGCGCCACGGCGCCGACGGCAGCGGAGCUUGUGCCCCCGCACUGGUCCACGCUCAAGCUCUCCACCGAGGCCGCGGCAGCCGCGCACCCAGGCACGCGUGCGGUCGACGCGUGUCGUCGCGCGGCGGCGUUGGUUGCCAAGGGGGACGACCGCUUCUGGCCAGAGCUGGGUGGUCGUCCGGCGGUGCUUUGGGCGCCUACGGACUCCUCCGCCCUCGGUCGGCUGCUCAAGUCAUACAUGGAGCGCCCGGUCGCCAACGGCGGCCCGCCGUACCUCCGACGAUUGGUCCCGUUGGAACUUUUUCCAGGGUGUCACACGGUCGCAGCGAUCCAGGACUUGUGGUGGCACCCUGUCCUUGGCGAGCGGUGGGUUGGAGCUGUGAAGAAGCUGGAGUAUGACAUCACACCGUACAGCCUGGUACUUCAGGUGCACAUGGACCUCGACAUGAAUUGCACGGAUUGCGUCCUGCCGGGCGCCACGCCGGUGUUCCAGGUCGCGGCGGCGCCGGCCCAGACGCUGGACUUCCCAGCCGAGGCGUUGCCGCAGGUGCUCCGCAUUCUCGCGGGCCCCAGCCUGCAGCUUGUGCACGCCAGCGCCCCUCACCGCAGCGUGCUCUCCAAGGCGGCGGCGAAACGGAUGAGCAUGGAGUGGACCUUCCCCCCGGGCACGCCGAAGCUGCAGAUCGAGCUUUUGUGGCGACACCUCCGCCGCUCCUCCCUCCCGCCGAGCGCCUUCUUCGGUCCCGUCGGCCUGCGUUCGGAUGCGACGGCGCUCAUCUGCGAGCUGACUGCGGCGUCGGCGGCGCCGCACGCUUGGGAGCUCCGCGUGAACAUGGUGUCGCUGAAAGAGGACGAGCUGGCCGCUGCCCGCCGGACCAAGGGAGGCCGGAUUGGGAUGGCCGCCCCUGUCUCCAAGAUGACGGACGUGCAGGCGUGCGGAUCCCCAGGGUAUGACACUCUCGGAGUGUACCGCCAGCUGAUGACACACAUUGAGCAGGUGACAUGGAUCUACCUGAGGGAGGCUAUCAGUGAUGCGCCCGCUGGCUGUGGAUACGGGCGCUGGCUGGCGGCAGCGGACCUGGUGGCGCCGCCAGGGCGUCUUCGCCUCCACCUCAGUUCAGAAGAGGAGGCCACGGCCGUCCGGGAGGCGCUCCACGGAAAGACUAUCCAGGUCGGUCUGGGCCGCAUCGCCCUGCAGGUCACGAGCGACGCGCAGGACCUGCCGGGGAACGGGCGGCGGAGGCGGGGGGCCCGGCAGCCCGCCUCCGCGGGGCACUAG